UUUCACUUUGUACAAUCAUGCUCACGCAAGCAGCUACUAAUGAUCGCUCCCAUGAUCUGUCAAAGAAGCAAAGCUCAUGGGCAAAACCACAUAGUGUGCUUGAAAAUUUACAGGGCUCGGUCGAGAAAUUGUCACUUACUCUCAGUGCUCUUCAAGGAUCCGUCGAGUUGCUACAGCCUACCACCAAAGAUUUCACGCGUCUCAAACAUGUCAUGUCCUUUCAGCGACAAUAUGACCUGGUCUCGGAAAAGGAUAUCAAAUCAGCUCAGUCUCAGAUAGCGCAAGAUAUCCGUCCACAAAUAGAUACCCUUCUCUCGGAAGCAGAGUCAGUCAUGGCCAAACUUCUCAGUGAAGAACAGACACUGGAAGCCACCGUGGAGAAACAGGAAGAGGAAAUGAAACAUCAGCAAUUGAAAGUAAACGAAAAACAGCGUCUUGAGAAUUUACACCAUCGUGCAGGGGAUGAGGAUAGAUCUAAAAUCGAUCAAGCGUCGGCUGAAGCUAUGCGACGGCUUAAGAGUUUAAAACUGAAGAAAGAUGGUUUGAUUCGCACAAUUGAGGACCGUGCUGAAGAGAUUGAGAAAAAGGAGCAUCAACUGUACAAAUUGAAGCAAGACACAAAGCGAAUGCAGCAAAGAAAGCAAAACGCCGCCUCUGAUGGUACCGCACAAGAGUCCCAGUACGAAAUACGCAAGCGUCAACUUACAGCUGAGCUUGCUUCCGUUGAACUCAAAUUGGAUCAAAAGAAAAAAAUGAUCCAGUCAAAGAGAAGGUCCACGAUUGGAUCCAUUGGCGACGGGAUCAUGUCAGAGUCAAAGAAGUCACGGCGGCGGAAACUUGUGGAAGCAGAUCUUGACAAUACCCUCGGCAACGAUGGUAUGUAGGCGAUGCCUUCUCCCUGAUCCGCAAUUGGGCUUUCUCGUACUAAUACAUGCUUUCUCUUAUUUUCACUUCAGAGCCCCACUGGAAGUUUUACCCACAACAUUUACGGUACAUACAAGAUGUGUUGGAGCGAAUAUGCAAUUCUCCCUAUCAAGGUACGACAUGCAUCUUGUCCACUGACAUUUGUUUUGAUACCAAUCCCUUUUGUCUCCC